AUGUACGACUGUGCCGCUACGUGUACGCAGGAGCUGUGUGCGGCGCCGCGCUUCCGCGGGGACGGCGCGGCCGGCGAGGAGGCGGCGCGCUGGACGGCGCCGGCGGGCGCGGGUGGCGCGGGAGGCGCGGGGGGCGCGGGUGGCGCGGGCGGCGCGGCGCUGGGCGGCGCGGCGGCGGCGCUGGCGCACUUGCCGCGCCUCAUGGACCGCGUCGUGCCGCCGCAGAGCUUCCGUGACCACUACUCCGGCGCCUUCCGGUUCCGGCUGUGGGUGUUCGGCGAGUGGCGCGAGGUGGUGGUGGACGACCGGCUGCCGGCGCGCGGCGCCCGCCUGCUGGCCGCCCGCGCCGCGCCCGACGACUUCACGCUGCCGCUGCUCGAGAAGGCCUACGCCAAGCUGCUGGGCUCGUACGCGGCGCUGCGCGGCGCCGGCGCGGCGGGCGCGCUGGCGGCGCUGUCGGGCGGCGUGGUGCAGAGCGUGGCGCUGCGCGGGCAGGAGCGCGCGCGCACGCUGCAGCUGCUGCAGGCCGCCGUGCCGCGCGCGCCGCUGCUGCUGUGCGCCCCGCCGCGCCGCCGCCACAGUCACGGGGCUGGCGCGCGCGCCCGCCACCACGCUGGUGGCGCGGCGUGGGCGCCAGGCGGCGCGGGUGGCGCGCUGGCGCCCGCUGACCGCGAUCUGCUGGCCGACGACCCCGCCGGCUUCUGGAUGUCGUUCGAGGAGUUCACGCGCGUGUUCAGCCAGCUGGAGCUGGUGCACGUGGGCGACGACUGGCUGCUGGAGCCCGCGCUGCAGAGCAGGCCCUGGCGCGCCGUGCUGGCGCGGCGGCGCUGGCGGCCCGCCUCAACGCGGGCGGCCGCCGCCACCGCCGGCAACCCGCAGUUCCACAUGCAGAUCCGCGCCGCCAAGUGCCACGUGGUGGUGUCCGUCACGCAGCAGUGCGCGCCCGCGUCGCGCGCCGCCGCCGUCGGCUUCGCGCUGUACGCGCUGGGCGCCGGCGACGCGGCUAUCGCGCCGCCGCGGCCCGCCGAGCUGCGCGCGCUGCUGCGGCUAUCGACGCGACACGCCUGGUCGCGCGCGCGGUGGUCGCGCGCUGCCGCCGGGCCGCUACCUGCUGGUGCCGCGCCACGCGCCGCCGCCUUCCCUGCUUUGCUGCGCGUGCUCACCGACGAGCCCGACGUGUGGGAGGUCAACGACGACAACAUGAUCGUGCGCGACGCGCCGGCCGAGUUCCUGCGCGACGAGCGCGCCAUUAUGCGCGCGCGGCGGCGGCGGCGGGCGGCGCGCGGCUUGUCGGAGCUGGACGCGGCGCUGCGCGCGGCGCUGCGCGGCGCAGUGGCGCGUGGCUGUGCGCGCGCCGUCGCUGGCGCUGUGCCGCGCGCUGGUGGCGCUGCGCGACCCGGCGCUGGCGGGCGCGCUGGCGGCGCAGGAGCUGCCGGCGCUGCUGGCGCUGCUGGGUACUGGCGCGCGUUCCUGCGCGCGGGCGGGGCGCGGCGCUGCGGGGGGGGCGCGCACGCGAGCUCGUACCGGCUGCGCGCGCUGCUGUGGGCGGCGGGGGUGACGGCCUCCAACAAGGUGCUGGAGUGCUUGGUGCUGCGGUUCGCGCGCGGCCGCCGCCUCUCCGAGGAGGCCUACGUGAUGGCGCUGGCGCGGCUGCACCUGGCGCACGAGCGGUACCGCAGCCUGGACGUCAAGCUGAAGUGCAACCCGCUGUCGCUGGAGGAGAUGAUCCUGAUGACGAUCUACUCGUGAGCCGGCGGCGGCGCGACUGCGACCUUAUUCAUAUUGAUUUGUUGUUUGUUUUGUAAACAAUUGUAGAAUCACUGUUACAUAGUAGGUAGAUAGACGAUUUGUUAAUAUUUAAUCUUAUUUAUUUGUUGGGCAAUGUACACAUCAAGUUAGAAUAACCAAAGAUUUUUAUUGGUACCAAAUAAGCAGGCACGCGCGUGUACUGACAGUGACAGGGCUCCGAGCCUCCGACGCGCGGAGCCUGUAAGCGCCGCGUCGGCUCCAUACACAUAACAAAGAAACUGCACUGUGUCGUACAACAAUCUUAGUAGUGCGAAGUAGCCCAAAUUACACGAAAUUGGGUUACAAGUAAAAAAAGAGGAUUGCGUCAACCGUAUUGUACCAUAUUUUUUUAAAUUCAUUCUUUAUUUGAAAGAUACUUUCAGGAAUAUAAAAUAUCCAAUUAAGUAAAAAAUUAAAAACAUAGUCCAAAAAUUCUCUUAUAAGAUUAUAUUAAAAUAUUUUGAACUCAUACCUAUACUAACAUGUAACUAUGUAACAACCUUUUACCUCCCUAAGGGAUGAUUUUGUAAAUAAUAUAUUAUAUAGGCCUUCAUGGUCCUUCCCGCCUCGUACUUAUUGUGGUGGAGCUCGAUCCCGAAGUGCAGUAGUCUCGUAUUGUGAUGUGUGGGCGGCGCGCGUCCUAUCCAAAGUACUUUGAUUUAUGUACAUUGUCAAGCCGGUGCUACUUGUAUAUGAAGCUUUGUGUGCAAUAAUAUGUUACUCAAAUGUUGUGAGUGUGCGCAUGCGCGUCAGAGGUCACGCGUUAUCUGCUGCAGCGCAUCAUGUUGUGCUGUUGUACAGAGAGACACCACUGUUACAUUGUUAUUGUGUAUAAUUAUUGUUUGUUUAAUAGAUACGCACUAAAACAUUUACUUAUUGAAAUACAAGCAAUUCCUAAUGAUUAUUAGGAAGGAAUGUACCUAGUUAGGAGUAAGUAUCUAAAAUCAACACUAUAAUUUUAUUUUAUAACCAUUAACUAAGUAUCACCUCUGUUUACAAAUGUUAUUUGUUGAUGCGUAGCGGGCGUGUGUGUGUGUGUGUGUGUGUGUGUGUGUGUGUGUGUGUGUGUGUGUGUGUGUGUGUGUGUGUGUGUGUGUGCGUGGGUGUGUGCGUGCCCUGCCGCAAAUAUAAAUGUUGUGCAUAAUAUCAUGUGUAGUUUGAUUGUGUUCGCCUCCUCUCAUCUCAUGGCUGCUCCUAGUUACUUACUACAGACCCGUAACAGGCUACUAUUUUUAUCUAUGUGCGGGAAGUAGUACCUAUGUACCCCCGGGACGCGGGUGAUCCACGUGUUUAGAUAUUGGGAUAGACUUCAUUACUAUGAGGUCAGUUUUAUACAUUG